AUGGCGCCGGCGCUGCCUCCGAGCUCGAGCAAGGACAAGUCCAAGGACAAGUCCAAGUCCAAGGCCAAGUCCAAGUCGCACAAGCGUAAGCACCGUCACAAGCGGUCGCACCGGUCACGGCACAAGUCAAAGUCCAAGCGCAAGUCAAAGUCCAAGACAAAGUCAAAGUCAAAGUCGAAGGCCAAGCUGGACGAGUUGAUCACCACCGGUGACUCUGCGAUUGCCACCGAUGAUGACUCGCUCUCGUCCACGUCGUCAUCGUCCGUCUCGUCGCCAUCGUCGUCAACAUCAUCGCUCGACGAGAACGACUCGGGUGAGAGCUCGGACAAGCAUGUCGCGCCGCAGCCGCAGCCGCAACCAGAGUCGCAACCAGAGUCGUAG